AUGAAGCCGCCUAGUGUUAAGCCUCUUGUUCCGAAGAGAAUACGCGCUGUUAAGGAAAACCGUGUGAUUAACGGGGCUGCGGUGCAGAAUGUGCUGAGACAUAUAGACCCCAUAAACAAGCAGAUGAUUGAGAGGAAGUUGUUUGUCGACCAAUACGUCGAAGGAAUCUCCGGGAGGGAGCUGCUGAAAUCGUUCGAUAACAUCGAUCCUCUGCUGAAGAGAGAGCUGGAGCCCUUGUAUGACUCGUCGUUGAAAGUUUCCUACUCAGAAGGCCUGAGGCCUCGGACACAGUCUUUCCUGCCCAGUGAGAUCGAAGCCAUAUUUAACAGGUUCAAACACAGGGAGAUUCGUAAGAGCUAUAAGAAUUGGUUGAAUAGGAGUGCCGUGGUUCUUCUGCUCCACGAUUCUUCGAAUUCUCUGACGAAUAAGAGGUUUAACAACAGCAUUGUACGACGCAUAAAGACCUUGGAAAACUCGGAGUCCUUGAUGAUGAAGAAUAUGGAUCCCUUGAUACUUGGAGAGAUCUUGCACAAUGAUUCGAACCUCCUCGAUCGCCUUAAACAGCUAUCCUCGAAUGACCACGGCGGAGUGAUCAAAUCCAUCUGUAUACCACCGCACGCUAUCUCACUAACGCAACUGAUUCUACCAAUCGUGGAUAACGAAAGACAAAGUUUCCCACUUGUCGGUGUAUACUUCAACCUGAAGACCUCAUCGUCUCUGAAGAUUGAGCUGAAGGAGGCAUUACAGCGCACAAAGAGCACAGAGGAGAUCAAUUACCAGUCCCUACUAAAGAUAGCUGCGGAGCAGAGAUCCACCAAGACAAGCACUACGAAAGAAUUGGUAACCACUAUCGGCCAACUAGGCCUGUUAACCGUAGGCAUAUCCCCUGACGGCAUCAGUUUCACAAAGAGUCAUUAG